CUACUGUGCUGGCAGAAGUCUCUCAGUUGGUGUGGGUGAUGCUGUGGCAGGGGACCAUGGUGCAUUGUUUUUCCUGGACACAAUCAUCUUGGGUGAGGAAGCUAAGGUAGAGUGAGCCAAGGACUGCCUGGGAAGGAAUCUCCUUGGGCAGUUUUCAUUUUCCAAGUGGAUUUUGUGGAUUGGAAUACAGGGACCGAACAGUCUCUGCAUUCUUCAAGGUACAAUUCCAAUUCAGCUGGAGGGACAGGUGAAAAGCGGAGGCUACAGAUCCCUGAUCCCAUAGUGUCCGAUCUGCGUGACGCAUCCAGGAACAUCUAAGAUUGGCAACUUGAAAGGAUCAUGCUUCGCCUCCUGAAACUGGUUGUGAUUCCAGUGAUCCUGGCCCCUGUAGGUUAUCCACAGGGCCUGCCAGACUCGACUGUUUCCCCCCCUCAGCUGAGAGUGCAUGUGGGCGAAUCAGCCUUGAUGGGAUGUGUUGUCCAGCGCAAAGAAGAGAAACAUGUGGACAAAGUAGAUUGGCUAUUCUCUAAAGAUAAACAGGCUGAGAGCGAAUACGUGCUGUACUACUAUUCCAACCUUAGCGUGCCUACGGGGCGCUUCCAGAACCGUUCACAUUUGGUGGGGGACAUCUUUCGUAAUGACGGUUCUCUCCUGCUCCAAGAUGUCCAAAUGGCUGACGAGGGAAUCUACACCUGUGAGAUCCGCCUCAAAACUGAGAGCAUGGUGUUGAAAAAGUCCGUGUUACUGCACGUGCUACCAGAGGAGCCUAAAGAUCUCAGAGUCCGCGUAGGUGAUUCGAUUCAGAUGAGAUGUUUUUUCCAGAGCACAGAAGAGAAAUGGGCGACCAAAGUAAACUGGAUGUUUUCUUCAGGAAAGCAUGCUGAGGAGGAGACCGUCUUGAGCUAUGACUUCAACAUGCGUAGUGAAAACUUCCAGAGCCUGGGCCGCUUCCGCAACCGUGUACACCGGAUGGGUGGUAUCUCCCGCAAUGAUGGCUCAAUCAUGCUUCAAACAGUGAAGGAGUCUGACCAAGGAGUCUACACUUGCAGCUUUUACCUGGGAAAGCUGGAGUCCAGGAAAACCAUUGUGCUGCAUGUGAUCCAGGAUGAAUCUCAAAGGUCAGUUUCACCAACUCCUCGAACGGAUGAGACUCAGCGGGGGAUCCUGGAUGGAAAUCAGCUGGUGAUCAUCGUAGGCAUCGUCUGUGCCACCUUCUUGCUGCUUCCGGUCUUGAUAUUAAUUGUGAAGAAAACCAAGUGGAAUAAGAGUUCAGUCAGUUCUAUGGCUUCUGUGAAGAACCUGGAGAAUAAAGAGAAGACUAGACCAGAGAAACAUGUCUACUCCUCCAUAACUACGUGGGAGACGGUAGAGAGAGGACCAGGUGGAGAAUCAGAGGCCACCUACAUGACCAUGCAUCCAGUUUGGCCUUCUCCCCCCAAAACAUCCAAUUUAACCUUCUCUUCAGUCAGAUCCAAGUAACGUGGUUGAAAAAAAAUCAGCUUGGGGAAUUCCCAAAAACAGAGCAAACUUUCUGAGAAGAAGGAGAGACUCUUUUUGGGACCACUGUGCCAACUAUUUUAGACUUGUGCUUUCCAGCUGGUCUUGGCCUCCAUAAAAGGCCUGAAGAUGGAGGGCUUAGAGUCCAGCAGGAAGACUGAACUGCUCCAGCUGACCAGGCCCUGAUAAGGGGAGGGAGAGUGAGGACUUCUCCCAGAAGUGGUGUGCUGGCUGGUGAGGAUGGGAAGUCGCUUCAUCUACCUUGGGCUUUCAAGCACUCCAUUGGACCAGAUUUGUAAUGUGAACCGUGGUUUGCAUGUUUGAUUUUGUAGAUAAGCUAUUAAGAGACUCAUAGAGAUACAAACCAACAAUAACAAUUCUUUUGAUGAAUUAUACCCAAAUAAGUGUGGUUUGUGGGAGCCAUCUUUUUUUAUGUCCCGAUGAAGGCCAAGUGGGGAAAUUUGAAGUAUGGAACUCCUGAGGAAGUAUCCUUUGAGGAGAGCCACAGUGGAUUCAACAUCUGGGGACUGGUUUGGUUCUGGGGAAAGGUUUAGGGGUAACACAGGAAGUGAGGUGUGAAAACAGCUCUGGGAUUUCCUCAUGCUGGGAAUCUUCAUCACUGGCUGAAGCAAGGCCUAUGGAGUUUGGACAUCCAUCUUUUCCAAAAGUGUUGACCAGGCUUGCCAAAGCAAAUGGCCAACGAUUGCAUUCUUGGUCUGAAAUAUAAAGUUCCUACACUUUUCAUUGUUAUCAUGAGAUUUAAAAGGUGUGAUCUUAUUUAAUUUUUUUAAAAUGGGAGUAGUGCUGGAGAAAUAGCAGUUAGGAGACCCAACUGCUCUUGCAGAGGACCGGGGUUUGAUACCCGGCAUCCACAUGGUGGCUCAUAACUGUUUGCAUCUCCAGUUACAAAAGAACUGACUCCUUCUUCUGGUCUCUGUAGUCACUGUGUGUGCAUGGUACAUGGACAUACAUAUAGGCAAAAUACCCAUACACAUAAAAUUUUUAAAAAUGUUCAAUAAAAACUAAAUAAAAGUGUUGAUCUUAAAAAUA